CGCGGAUAUGUCAUUUCCGUGGAACCUCUCGAACUGUAACGGCAUGUUGUUGAUAGGGUGUCGGAAUUCAGUUGCUUCAUCAGUGCUAAAAGUAGGAUGUUGUAGGGAGCUCAUGUUCUUGUGUUCAACCUUUUGCUCGACGUGUAUUUCUUAGCAUGAUGGGAGAGGCCGAACUUCCACCUGUGCAACGGCGUCGUUUUGCCUCGGAACGUCGAGAGUGGAAACAAAUGGUAGAGAUUCAGCAGCACCUUCUACUCACGUCAUCUCGGUCUUCGAAACACACUACUUCGGGAUCCAGUUCCGAGAAGGCAUCUCACGCUGUUCAAAAACAACCUGCGGGACCGAAGCCGAAAGUACCACCGGCAACACCCGCGAAGCCUCCGCCACCUGAAGAUCAAGCAUGCAGCAGCGCACCCGCAUUGCUGGGAGAACAGAAGAUUCUUCUUCAUACAGCCGAAGUCAUGGAAACGCUCAGUAUCUUGCUUCAGUCUGAUUCCUCGGUAUGCAGCUCGUCAUCUGGUACAGACGCUCGUCAAGAUUUAUGCUCCGCGCGCGAGAAGGAGCAUGUGAAAGCCCUACACGAUCAAAUGAAAUCGUUCAUGAAGGAACGUUGUUUGUUGGUAAUUAAGAAAGAGUGCUGCCACCAGGUUGCCUUAGUGAGAAAGUUGCGCGAUCGCGUGAAAAACCUGGCGCUGGCUGAAGACACUUUAAUUGGACAGUUGCUAUUGUCUGGGCAUCCCGUCCUACCAAAAGAUGUCCUGCACCUCUCAUUUCUUCGCAAGUCUACUUUUCUUGACAACUUGCAAGCGGUAACUUUUGCUUGGCCUUACCUUCUCAAGUUUCUUGGCCAUACGUUUAACACCUUCGAUGCGCAAUGGCACACUUCUUUGGAUGUUGUGUUGCGUUGGACCCAAGUUCGUCUGGAAUCGCUGGCUGAGCAAGCGCUGCGGUGGGCAUGGCUAAGUUUGCGCAACGAUAUCCUGUUGCUCUGCCGGAUGGACGCAGCUGACUUGCACGCCGACUGGAUUGGUGGAGUGUUUUCUUCAUGCCACUUCUUCAACCAACUGCUUAGCGCCUGCGGCUCAUCGGCCGGCGUCGCUCCAAUGCCCGUAUCAACAGUGCUGUACACCCUUGCAGCGCGUCAGGCUGAAGUUUCUGCGGCUAGACUUGCUGCGUUUGUUUGUGUCGAAAGUAGAAAGAAUCGUGAAGGAACUGUGCGAAAUUUUACCUGGGGAGAUAUCGCCACUGCCGAAUUCUGGAGCACGGCGGCAACUCGUGACGCUGCUGGCACAGCUGCUCUUCUUACCGCCCUCGUCCAGUCUGGCCAAAGCUUGCUUCUGAAAUACCUAUAUGCUGCUACAUGCAUCGAUCACUCUGCGCCACCCCAAGCUGUCAAACAGAAACAAGGUAGGGCACACUGGCAGAAGCAGCCUCCAAGGGCAACACGUCCUAGUUGUUUUGAACUGGAGAGGCUGUACUGGGAGCACUACUGGGACUGCUUUGUAGGCCAACUGCUUGUCAGGCUGACCACCUUAAACUCUAGCACAGAGAUUUCUGGAACUUCAGGUGCACCACCAGUAUCUGACAUGUCGCUGCUCCUGAUGCUGGCCUGCCAAAGUCAAGAUUUGCCGACCGCUGCAGUGACCUCUCUGAAGUGUGUCUGCCAAAUGCUUCUCGCGCAGCUCUCACUGGUGGGCUGGAGACGAGCCCUGAAUGCAGCCUUGUUUAACUCUCACCAUGGAGCUUCCAAAGAUGUCAUCAAGAACUUUCUGCUUCAUGCUGUGCAGCCUUUGAGUGCUUACUUGGCAAACCAACCAGUUGGAGAUUACAAGGGCACUUCUUUAGCUAAGGUCUAUCUGGCACAGACUCUUUGGCACACAUUUCACUGGGCUGAAGCUAGUCUACGCAGCAACCUGCAUUCAUGGGCACCACCCUUGAUACCUCAACUUAUCUUCUGUGAUUUGCAGCCAAUUAUUGUUUCUGCAAAGUGUGCGCAACGUUCCUGGGACAAGCUUGAGGACCCAACAAAUCUUUCUUUCUAUGCGAACUCAUUAUGUGGCUCUGCUGUGGAAGCAUUAGAGUGCCUACAGGACUCAGUUGCUGCACGUUACCAGGAUAACUGCUACAAAGCCACAUUGAAAAAUCUACAGGCAGCGUUGCCAACAGCUAGACAUUUUCAUAAGCAAGGGCGAAACAAAAAUGACCCUAUAUCACCCAUCCUGGAUCAAGUUUUAGAUGCAGUAAUACCAGUUCUUGUGGAACUGCCUGCACCUGUGCAGGCACUGUAUACAAGACUCACACUAGAAGCAGUUUUCAAAGCCUGGAAAAAAAUACUUCUAAUAAGGCACCUGAAAUUCAAUGAACAGGAAUCAGCUCAACUUACUGAUGUUGCAGCUAUGUGCCUUGCUCGUGUGGAACACUCAGACUUACACGAGGCUGCUAAGAGUAAUUUGUGGAAUUUGAGCGCUUACCAUGACCUGCUAGAGUUUGUACGAGCUGCACAGCGAACUGAGCCAGCUGUUUCUGCAAGCAGGAGGCUUUUCUCGCCAAACAGGGUAUCUCCUUUGGUUGGAGCCAGCGGUGCCCAAGAACUUGGAUGCACACCAGUACACACACAAGGAAGACUACGGCACAAGCUAUGUUGCAAUUCAUAGUGUUGUGCGCAAAUUCUGACAUUAGUCAUGUUCUCCUAAACAUGUCUAUGAAGAAGGGAUGUAAAAUUUGGUAUAAUAUACUGCCAAAGCUUAUGUGUACACAAAUCACAUUCAAGGUACAGAAAAAAAAAGUCACCUGGUAGAAACAG